GGUACAGACUGAAAGGACUGUCUAUAUAAGCAGCGGCUGGAGGCGAGAUUGGGGUACCCGUGGUGGCCAAGUCAAGUGUAGAGUCAGCACUGUAUCGACCGCUUCACCCCAACUACACCUUAGCAGUAAGGGCAGUAAUAUCAUAGGUCGAUCUCCUGGCACCCCGCGUCAUCAUCAAACAAGACUCACAUUUUCGCCUGCCCGACAUGUCCGCCGCCGCUCCCAAAUGGAUGGACGUUGCCAACAACACCCAUCCGCGAUGGCAUAGAGACCCGGCCCUCCGGAUGAACGUCUUUUACGGACUUGGGAUGUGUUUAUUGAUCGCCACCAAUCUCGAUGCGCUGGCAGUUGGUGGCGGUCUCAUGCAAGGUUUCCAAGCCAUACCCGCAUGGCAGAAGUUCUUCAACUUUCCAAAAGGAGCUCGGCUCGGUCUCUACAGUGCAGCGUAUUUUCUGCCCAGUGUACCUUCUGCUUUCCUAGGGGAUUGGAUCUCGACUAAGUACGGCAGGAGGGCUUGCAUCGCUGCUGGAAUGGCUUUUGUAUUCGUUGGCACCUUGAUCAAUGCCUUGGCUAUCAAUGUGGGCAUGUGGAUAGGAGGCCGCGCAACCAUCGGCGUCGGUAUCGGAAUGUCCAAAGUCGCUGCUCCUGUCCUUAUUCAAGAGAUCGCACACCCUAGAUUGAGGCCGAUCUUGGGAAGUUGCUAUCAGACUUUUGCUUAUAUCGGAUCCAUUGGAGCUGCCUUGCUUACUUUCGCCGGACUGUACAUUCCUGGAAACUGGAGCUGGCGAUACUCUUCCCUCAUGCAAAUCCUGGGACCGGGAAUGAUUCUGCCCAUCCUGUGGUUCUGUCCCGAGUCUCCGAGAUGGCUGAUGAAACAAGGCAAGGUCUCUGAAGCCCACCAAAUGCUGGCCACGUACCACGCCAAUGGGGACAUGGAGGAUCCACUUGUCCAACUUGAACUCCGUGAGAUCAACGCCGCCCUCGAAAGGGAGGCCAAAAUGCAACAGGUCUCGUUUAUGGAUUUCACCAGAACGCCGGGAAACAGAAAGAGGUUGGGUGUCUUGAUCCUCAUGGCGUUCUCCUUGAACUGGAUGGGCAACGGAAUCAUCAGCUACUACCUGGCCCCCAUCUUGAGGAGCGUCGGGAUCACGGAACCGAUCAAGAUAACCUUGAUCAACGUCGGUCUUGCCAUCUUCAACUUGAUCGUCGCUGUCACCUCUUCCGUCAACGUCGACAGAUUCGGACGCCGGCCGUUGUUCUUGGUCGCGGUUGUCGGCAUGUUCUUGACCUUUGCAACCAUUAUGGGUCUGUCGGCAGGGUUCGCUAUGACCAAGAAGUCGGCGGUCGGAGCUGCGGUCGUUCCGUUCCUCUUCAUCUACUUCGGUUUCUAUUCGUCGGCAUUCACACCUCUUCCGGUCGCGUAUACGGUCGAGAUCAUGCCUUUCAACCUUCGAAGCAAAGGUGUCGCCCUAUUCACGGCUAUUGCCACGCUAGGCAAUGCUUUCAACCAAUUCGUCAACCCUAUCGCGUUAGGAGAAAUUGGAUGGAAAUACUACGCCGUCUACCUCGGAAUCCUCUCGUUCUACUUUGUCAUAAUCUUCCUGUUCUUCCCCGAAACCAAGAGAAUGAGCGCCGAAGAUGCGUCAAUUGUGUUCGACCAGCCGCACAGGCUCGGAGGAGGAAUGUUCGAGGGUCGUGGGCGUGGUAGCUCGGCCAACGACACCGAAGUUGUUGAUAUGGAUGAUGCUGGGUCGGACGUCAAGGGGAACGACAUCUUUGUCGAUGAGCAGAAGCGGGCUUGAUCUGCGUCAUCACGGUUGUUGUCGAGCCCUGUCUCGGUUCUGGUGGAAAGUAAAGCUCAAUCUAGCGAUCGAGAUCCCCUUCAAAUAAUGUGUAGUUUGUUUGUGAGGAAAUGCAGACGGGAUGCGAUCGAUUGUAUUCCAAAUUUAUCUGAUAGUCUG